AUGGGAUCUAAAAUUAAAAAAGGAUUAUCAUAUGUUUUGGGAGAUUCCAAUGAUAAUGAGAAUCAUAUCUUGCCCAUUAAUGCCAUUCAAUAUUCUGCGGUAACAAAUAAUUUUUACACGGGUGGUAGAGAUGGUACAGUGAAAACGUGGUGUUGUAGAAACGGCUGGGAGCAUUCAAGACAAGGCACACCAAGUCAAUUUAAUUUCAAUGAAACAUUUGAGGAUUCAGAUAAUAGAGAUGUAGAUGUUGAUCAAGAUAUAGAUGAACGAGUUUUGAAGCUUGAAACUGCAAUUUCGUCAAAUCCUCUACCAUACUGUACUACACCUUAUGAUGACUAUAACAUUACUAAUAAUUAUAAUAUUCACUUUGACUGGAUUAAUGAUUUGAAACUUGUGAACAAUGAUAGGGAUUUAGUUUCGUGUUCAUCUGACUUGUCGUUAAAAUUGAUUAAUUUGCAUAAUUCUGACACCUCAGAAAAGACCCAUGUCCAUAAAUUCCCUAAUGUUCAUACUGAUUAUAUCAAGAAAUUAUCAUAUUUUGUGCCAGAGAACAAUAUAGUAAGUGGUGGGUUAGAUGGAAAAGUUGUUCUUUGGGAUUUAGCAACGUUAAACCCAAUUCAAGAAAUUCAAACUCACAGUCUGAAUACUGCAUUACCUAAUUCCAUCUAUUCCUUAGCAAAUAAUAAUUCAAAUUUGAUAAGUACUGGUGGGCCAAGUAAUACCAUAAAUUUAUAUGAUAAGAGAUUAUCGAAUAAUUCAAACAACAUUAAAAAGUUAAUCGGUCAUCAAGAUAAUAUAAGAUGCCUCUUAAUGAAUGAUAAUUUUAUUUUGAGUGGUUCUUCUGAUACUACAAUUAAAUUAUGGGAUUUAAGAAAUUUCAAGGUUUACAAGAAUUUUGAUAUCCAUGAUGACGCAGUGUGGAGUUUAAGUACUUCUAUAUCUUCUUCCCCGGGAAUGCUAAAUCAAUGCGAUGACUACUAUAACACCGAUUUCAAAGUUUUUUAUUCUGGUGAUAAAGGGGGUAAAAUCGUAAAGACUGAUUUAUCAUAUUUGUCUACAAAUAUAAGAAAAGACGGUUUUGACACUUUUACUGGUUCAGAUGACUUGAUGGAUGAAAAACUAGGCGUGUCGACUAUUAUCGCCAAAACAAAUUCACCUGUAAUUUCAUUAUGCUGUGAAACAGAUGUACAACCAAAUUCUAUCCUUUCUUCAAAUACAAUUUUAGCAUCCACAGAACUGUCCUUAAACAGAUAUAUCGUUCCAGAUACUGAUCAAUUGUCCAAAUACCAAUAUUCUAGGAACUGCUUGGACUAUGUUUUGAACCAUGACAAUCAUAUGAAUGAUGAAUUAACUUCGGGAUUAGGGGAUGUUGCCGCUGAUCAAAAUGAUUUAAAUUCAGACUUUUAUGACAUUGUAAGUCAUUUGUCUAUCGAUACGAAUAAUUUCGAUAUUCAAUCCUCAUUUUCGGGAAAUAAUUAUCCAUUGUCAGUGCAUAAUGUUGAGAAUAAUAAUGAAGUAGUUGAUGCAAAUGAGUAUAAUUCUAUGUUCCUCAACACUGGUGGUGGACCGUCUACUGAGUUCGUCAAUACAUACAAGGAAGGAUUAUCAUCUAAAGACGCACUGAAUGACCUGACGACUGUGGAUAAUACUCCUGUUGAAAUUUUAUUGAACCCAAUUCCAUCUGAACAAAUUACCCAAGUUCCAUUUAAUACGGAACCCUAUACCAUGUUUCCAUUGAUUCGAAAAAGUAUUAUUGCAAAAAGACUAUUUAAUAAUAGAAGGCACAUACUUGUAUUGUACUUAAACGGAGAUUUAAAAAUUUGGGAUAUAUUUGCCUGUGCAGAGAUUAAAACAUUUCCAUAUGAGUCUUCCACAUCUACUGAAUUAACAAAGGAUUUAAUAGAAGAUAGACUGAAAGAAAUGGAGAACAUUUUUCAUAAAUACCAAACCGAAGAUACAUUAAAUACGUGGUGUGAAGUGGACAUCAAAUCAGGAAAACUAUUGGUCACCUUAAAGGAAUCCAUGUUUAACAACGUAGAAGCUUAUUAUGACGAGUUAUGCAAGUCUUAUCCUUAUUUGUCUUACAGACAUCCAGAUAAUAUCGAAGGAUUGAAAAAUAAAGAAGUUAAACCCACAAUUGAUGAUAGAUUGCCGCUUGCAAAAAUCUUGAUAAACUCUUUUUUUCAUCAAUAUGCCAUCUAUGAAUGGGAAUUCGACAACCAAUUACGAGAGGAAUUAAAGGCGUACAAAAGAGACAAUCGGAAAAUUCCUCUUUCAUCAUCAUAUGAAAGAUUUACAAAUGAUCGCUCAGUUGCUAUAACAAGUAACUCUUCCAUUUCGAAUGCUAGUUCUGUAGAUGGAUCUAGUUUCACUAAUACUGCCAAAAGAAUAAAAAUGUUUACUAAGAAGUCGUCCAAGAACAAUAUUCAUCAAGAUGAUAGGCAGACUCUCGCUUCAGCCAGCUCUGUUGCCAGCAGCGUAACUGACUUUCCUACUAGCAUAAAUGGCUCCUCACUCAUGUCAAAUUUUAUCAACAACGAUGGCCUCAUAUCAAUAUCACAGGAUUCUUCAAACGAAGACUCAAUAAUGAGCAUGUUGCAGUAUAACAAAAAGAGAUACUGGGAAAAGUAUGGAUCUUAUGGUACCAACAAAACCGUGGACUCCAUACUUAGAAUAUAUUCAAAUGAUCCCAAGUAUAGCAUGCCAGACGAUAACAACGAAUACAGACCGCUCUUUUACCCUCACAGACUUCCUUCGAACUUGCUAAUUAUCAUAUUUGAGCACUCGCCUGAAUUAGGUAACAUGAGGGACUUAUGCAGUUUCCACUUAGAAGACAUUAUCAAGCUUCUGAACGAUUCAUACACCAAUGAGCCUUUAAUUAAUGACUUGAGAAACUAUUUGCCUGUAUGGAUAGGAAGACCAGUUUUAUACAGUAAGUUCCCAAUAAAGGAAAACCCAAAAAUUGAGUUCAAACUACAAGAAGUUGAUUACACAUUAUUACCACCCAAUACGACCAUUGGAGGUAAAUCACAAAAAAAAAUCAAGCGCUUACCUAUGACGGACAGCGUAAUCAAAUUGACAUCGCACAAUAUGUUACGGGUUCUGAAGAUUCUUACGUACCUUACUGAACGCUUUGAUGGUCGUACCCCAGAAAUGAAAGAUAUGAAGAACCCAUCAGAGUGGUUGGCUCUUGAAUGUAAGGGUCAAGAGAUGCCUAACAAUUUUACUUUACAAACAAUCAAAACAAAAAUUUGGAAAAGCAGUUCCGAAAUCGAAUUGAGAUUUAGACGGAAGUUCGACUAG